ACAUAUUGGUUUGUUUUCUGGGGAACCAAAUUGAGAUAGACUAUACACAGAUGUGCCUGUGAGAACACUUUUUGCCCGCCCAAGUGAGACAUAGAAACGUCGCCCGGAGUCGCCGGUCCCUUUAAGAAGACUCGGUCUUCCCCAUGGGCUCCAGCAGCGCCCGCAGCAAAAGGCAAACUUGCCUGGCUCAUUGGUGGGGGGAAACGCCGCGUUGGGUGGGAGCGAGAGAGCCCCAGAGUGCGCUGCGGGCUUCUUUCCCCUUCCCCUUUCCUUAACCCUUCCGGGAGCGGAGGAACGGAGCUGUGCUGCAGCGCCAAGGAGCCGGGGCGCUGACUACCCUCGGCUCCCGAAACUUUGCGCGGAGCGUGGGCUUGACUAGGCAGAGCCGAGCCGGCUGGCUGGUCUGGGAAGGGACGGGGGGAAGGGCAUGGGGGAGGACCGACCCUUCAGCACCCCAGGUCUCCAGGCCGGGCGCUAGAAAGGCGGGGGUGCAGCAGCAGCAGAGAAGCUGUCCCUUCAGCACCACGGACCUUUGCCCUCCGGUGAAACCGUCCGGCCCCCGCCCCAGGACUGUCUUUUCUCCAGUUUGAGCGGGGGUGUCGGGAGCAGGCGGAGAGCUUUCCUGGGUGGCUGGGGAAGCAAUGAACACUCUUCUCAGCGACUCGCCUCCCAGCAGUGCUAUUUUUUGCCAUCCGCCCUCACCCCCAGCACACGCGCUCGCACACAAACGCACGCACGCACACACACACACACAGACCUCUCUGGAUUUCUUUGCCUUGAGUCUCCUGGGGCUGUGAGGAGCCAGGCGCAUCUCAAACCGAGCUGGCAUCUUCAGGCUCUGGAGCCAUGCCCUGCACGGACCCUCAUCCUUACCAAGCUCCUGAGGAAUGAAAGGAACCCAGGGACCCUCAGAAAGCAGCAGUGAUGUGGACCAAUCCCCUGGAGCCUGCACCCUUCCGAGGGCCAUAGGCGACCCAGAGAACAAGACAGAGCUCCUGACAGGAAAUCCCAGCUUUCCCAAAGUCCCUGUGGAUGCUGACAGAAGGAGACUCGGAUUUUUGGAAGCGCCUGUGCUAGGUUAUCCAGCUGCAGAGUGAUUUUCCCCUCUGGCAUUGAAGCUCCCUCUGCACCCCCAGCCAUCCAGAAUACCAUGAAGAAUUAUGAGGAUGUGUGACAGAGGUAUCCAGAUGUUGAUCACCACUGUGGGAGCCUUCGCAGCUUUUAGUUUAAUGACCAUUGCAGUGGGCACGGACUACUGGUUAUAUUCCAGAGGUGUGUGCAGGACUAAAUCUACAAGUGAUAAUGAAACCAGCAGGAAGAAUGAAGAAGUAAUGACCCAUUCGGGGCUGUGGAGGACCUGCUGCCUAGAAGGGGCUUUCCGAGGAGUAUGCAAGAAAAUCGAUCACUUCCCUGAAGACGCUGACUAUGAACAGGACACAGCUGAGUAUCUCCUGCGGGCCGUGAGGGCCUCCAGUAUCUUCCCCAUCCUCAGCGUCACGCUGCUCUUCUUCGGUGGGCUCUGCGUGGCAGCCAGCGAGUUCCACCGCAGCAGACACAACGUCAUCCUCAGCGCGGGCAUCUUUUUUGUCUCUGCAGGGUUAAGCAACAUCAUCGGCAUCAUAGUUUAUAUAUCAGCCAAUGCCGGAGACCCCGGGCAGCGAGACUCCAAAAAAAGCUACUCCUAUGGCUGGUCCUUUUAUUUCGGAGCCUUCUCUUUCAUCAUCGCGGAAAUUGUGGGUGUCGUCGCCGUGCACAUCUAUAUAGAAAAACAUCAGCAGCUACGUGCCAAAUCCCACUCGGAGCUCCUGAAGAAAUCUACUUUUGCCCGCCUUCCACCCUACAGGUAUAGAUUCCGGAGGCGGUCAAGUUCUCGCUCCACGGAGCCCAGAUCCCGAGACCUGUCCCCCAUCAGCAAAGGCUUCCACACCAUCCCUUCCACUGACAUCUCAAUGUUCACCCUCUCCCGGGACCCCUCAAAGAUCACCAUGGGGACCCUCCUCAACUCUGACCGGGACCACGCUUUUCUACAGUUCCAUAAUUCCACGCCCAAAGAAUUCAAAGAUUCGCUGCAUAAUAAUCCGGCCAACAGGCGCACCACGCCGGUCUGAACUGACCUCUGCCCUCUGCCCCUGCACAGCCUUGGGGGAAGCGUACAGAGGUGUCUCCGAGGUUGCAUGGCAUGGUCCUCGUGAUGGUAUUACUUUUUACAAAGAAUGAAACCAAAUGGACUCAGCUCUCUCCCACACUUUGCCCCUCACCCUCCAAGUCCUAACCCCUCUGUUCCUCCCCAACUUUCAAGCCAAACCCAUGAUGUCAUUCCCCUCUUUGUGUAUCUGUGCCAGAUGUUUUCCUCUCUUCCUUCUUUACUGGAAGGACCUCCACAUUCUUCCCUCGUUGGAAGAGGACUUCACUCAAAGUCACAGGUGGUGGCUGGGGGUGGGGAUCCCUGAAUCCCCAGGAGGCGUGUGCAGAGUUGUCCCCAUUGUCUACUCACACAAAUCCUCGAGCUACCAACCACCCAGGUGGCCCUGAGGGAGGCAUUCACCUUUACGUGUUACAAAAACAUGACCAGAAAUCAAAGAUGUCAGAGCCCCGAAGCAGCUAAUGUAAUAAGCACUCAUGUUAUUAAAGGUUUUGCCUUGUCGUAA